GGUAAAGUCUAACAAUCAUCAUGAAAUUUUAAAAAUCAUGGAAAAUGUCUAAAAGAGAGGCAGAAAAGCAGAUUACAAAGGACGAUUCAAUAUUUUCAGGAAAUACUGAGCAGGAUGUAGUAGAUCUUGCGAAACAAGCGCCAAAAGAGGUGCUUUUAAAGAGAAAAAUUGCGGUUCCUCAAUCACUUAAAAAACGAUAUUCAGAACAAAUAUCGACACAUUCAAAUCCGUUUGCUAAUAUUCAGGAACCAAAUGGAAAGCAAUUUCCAACAUCGUAUUCUACACAAUUUCCAACGUCUACAUUUUCAUUUGUUCCUCCUUUUCAACAGGAGAAAAAGGAGAAAGUAUCAGUAGAAUCUUUAAAACCAUUAUCGAAUUCGCCAUCAUUACUUAAAAAUGAUAUAAAAAACGAAUAUGAUUUAUUUUUACAUCGAAGAUCUAUAAAUUACUUUUUUCAAAAAGCAAUUGAUGCAUCAAUUACUCAAGAUCCGUUCGGGGAUCUUAGUAUAGCAUGUCAAGAGUACAUUGAUUAUCGAAAACAAAUUGAUAAAUCGACUGAAUCUAGUAAUUACAUGCAAUCUGAUACUAAACAAGAUACAGCUGUAUCAAAAGACAAUUCUUUUAUAUCUUCUAAAGGUAUUUUUGAUUGUAAAAAUGAAGAAAGUAAAAAUAAUUUAUUCUCAUUUUUAAAAAAACCAGAGGAAAAAAAGGAUGAAAAUAUACAAGCAAAAAUAUGUACAGCUGAUUCAAAUAAAUUACCAUCAUCUAUCUUCGAAACACAUAUGAAAAACGAUGAAAAUAUUCAAUCGGCACCUGGGUUGCCAGCAGCUAAAAACAAAAAUAUUUUUGAAACAAAUUCUACACUUGAGAAUACAAGCAAUCUUUCUAAAACUCCUAAGGAAAACCCAGAAAAUCAGUCAAAUACAAAGCAUUCGUUAGAUUUGGGAACAAAAACUAUAUCUACACCAUUCAAUACCAAUAUACCUAAUACGUCUACAUUUUCUUUUCCUGUUAUUUCUCAAGCAAAUGAUUCGUCAACUGAUAAAAAGGUUACGUCAAAUUCGACAGAUUUAUCUAUACCUCAGGCAGGCAAACCAGAAAAAUGCGCUUUUUCAUUUGAAGUUAAAAAACCAAAUAUUGAAAUGAGCAAUAAAUCCUCCAAUGAAACUGAUAACAAGAAUUUGUUUAGUUUUACUCCAAAAGCAAAGACAGAGACAAAUACUCCAAAUAAUGCAAAUUCUACACCUAUUUUUAAUUUCGGAUUUUCAGUUCCAUCAAAAGAUAUUAGUUCUGACUUUUCUUGGACUCCAAAUAAAGGGAUUAAAUUCGCGACAUCUCCAUCUAAUAAUAAUAAUAAUAAUAAUAAUAAUAAUAAUAAUACUGAAAACAAGACACCAAUAUUUCAAUUUUCAAAUCCUUUAUCAUCAGGAAAAUUUAUCAAUGAUAAUGUAUCUCAACAUAAACCUAAUGAAAGUGUCGGAUUUGAAUUUGGAAGCAAAACAAAUGCUGAGUUUUCUUUUGGACAAUUCUCCACUUUUAAUCCUACAUUUGCAAAAUUUGAGAAAAAAGAUAUUUCAACUACUGAAACAACAGAAAAUGACACAUUUCCUGAAGAAUCUCGGACAAAUGAUGAUUUAAUCGCAGCUAAGGGGGAGGGGGAAGAAAAUGAAGACACCAUAUUUACCACAAAAGCAAAAAUAUAUAAAUACUUUGUUAAAGAAAAUAGAUUUUCAGAUCUUGGAAUAGGUAUAUUAAAACUCAAUAUAAAUAAAGAUACAUCAAAGGCGAGAGUUUUAGCACGGUUAGAAGGAAGCGGGAGAGUUAUUAUUAAUAUUGGUUUACAAAAAGAUUUUCAAUAUUUGAUUACAGGCAAAAAGAGUGUUAAAAUCCCUGCAGUAUCAAACGAAGGAACAGGUAUUGAUACAUAUUUGGUUCGUGUAAGGGACGAAGAGAUAUCAAAAGAACUUGCAGAUUUACUUGAAUCUAAAAAAUUAGGGAAAUAAUAGUUUAUACAUAUAACUUUUGUAUGAUUUAAUCUAAUAUCUUAC